GGUCAACGGCGCACCGGCAUAGGAUCCCGGCAUUUGUUUCAUUUCGUCCUGCACGAUGUCAUUCCGGAUGCGUUGAAGUUCGUCGCACGCCUGAUACCUCUGAUUCUAUACGGUGUCAUCGAUCUGUUUAUGCCCACGAAGAAAAAAUCAAUCCACGGCCAAACGGCACUGGUUACUGGCGGUGGGAACGGGCUUGGCCGAGCAUUGUGUCUUCGUUUGGCGGCGGAAGGCUGCCAUGUGGCCGUGGCCGACAUCGAUAUGGCUGCUGCGCAGCGCACGGCAGCUGACCUGCGCAAACAUGGUGUAAAGUCGGAAGCUUUCCUAGCGGACGUAGGCAACUACGAACAAGUUGUGCGGCUUAAGAAUGAGGUGGAAAAUGCACUGGGGCCGGUCGACAUUCUGGUCAACAACGCCGGUCUGCUGGCGAUAGCGUCGCUCACCGAGGGCAAACCUUCCGAUAUAGAACGCAUCAUAAACGUGAACCUCACGUCUCACUUCUGGACGAUACGUGCAUUCAAACCUGGUAUGAUCACUCGACAACGUGGUCAUAUUGUUGGAAUCGCCUCAAUCGCCGCCCACUUUCCAGUGGGACGAUUCAUACCGUAUACGGUGACCAAGUACGGUAUCCGUGCACUGAUGGAGUCCCUCAACAGUGAGCUGCGCAUGGACGGGUUGCACGAAACACUACAUACAACGUGUGUCUAUCCGGCGUUAAUCGCAACCAGACAGCAAUUCAUGGAUCUACUUGAUAAACUCAAGUACGUAGCUAAUAUCAACAAGAACCGAUUCUAUGUGUUCACACCGGACCAUGUGGCCGAUGAAGUGGUAAAGGGCAUGCUCAUUAAUAAGCGGGAAGUGUUUGUUCCAAGCAUUUUAGGGCUUGUGUGCAAACAAUUUGAGAACCUUCCGUCUGGACUACGGCAUCUGAUGCUGUCCACCAUACUGGGAGGAAAAUUACCGCACUUCACGGGCAAACCGUGAUUCGGAAUCGGCGGUCAUUGGCCAACUGCCAUCAUCAC